AUGAUUUUGCUCCUCCUUCCGAUAAUCCAAUCACUGGUGUUCGAUCCAAAGAUGUCGUUAUUGUACCGGGAGGAUAACGUAAUUGUACGCCUUUACCUUCCUAAAAUCACACAAAAUGAUGAGAAGUUUCCACUCCUUGUCUACUUCCGUGGUGGAGGGUUUGCGAUCGAAUCAGCGUUUUCUACUUACUAUGAUAGUUAUCUCCAUUCUUUAGCUGCAGAAACCAAUGUGCUUGCUGUAUUCAUCGAGUACCGAUUAGCCCAAGAGCACAAAAUUCCUGCAUGUUAUGAUGAUUCAUGGGCUGUCAUGAAAUAG